UGCGCAGUGACAGCGGGCGCAGCUCCUCCGUGGUGUCGGUUGACUGUUGAACAUUCUCGGCAGCGUCUCUCUCGGUGAGCAGCGGCCGGUCGACCGUCGGUCAGCGAGUGUUUCCUCGGUGUCUGGAGGAGUCAUUUAACGGAUUAGGAGGCGAGCGGAAGCAGCGGAGCGGCGUCAGAGUAAAAUACGCGGCUUCCUCUUCCUGUAUUGGGACGCCAGACCUCACCACACCCGUUUCACCUGCAGCUGAAGGCAGAACAAGAGUGAAAAUAUUCAGAGAAGAAGAAGAGGAGAACUGGUCCUGACUCAUUCUGGUCCAUCAUGGACCAGUGAAUUCUUUCCCGCCCUGCCAGUUAAAGGCAAUGUUUCUGGGAGCUGGAGGCCGUAGCACUGUCAGCAGAGUCUGUUUGGGGCCCCUUCUCUCCCUCCUCCCCAGCACCCCUCCGGACAUAGGAUGUCAGCCCCCUGCACCACAGCCCUGAGCUCUCCUGGGGAGCCAUGAACAACUACAGAGACAGAGGGGUCACUUGCACCUCCUCGGACCUUUUGGAUGGAGGAGGAGGAGGAGGGGUGUUGUCUCAGCACACUCCAUUUUGUCACACCCCCAAUGGCCACCCAGCCCCCACAGACCCUGCCAUCCAGCCACGCAUGUCUGUGCCCAAAAUGGGGGUUCGAGCGCGGAUCGCCGAGUGGCCUCCGCGUCGUGCACAGUCCCGAGAGUCGCUCAUUGAGAAUGGGCAAAUCAGCAGCAAUCACUAUGGAGAUGACUGCUCCACCUCAGUUUCAUCAUCGCUCUUGUCAUCUGACGUCGGGUUGGUGCGGGGAGGAAUUGCAAGGUUGCCACGGCGACGAUCAAGGGAUGUAGAGUUCAGGGUCGGGGGCUUUGGAGGUGAAAGAGGUUCACCUUUGAGUCUGAGAGUUUUCCCACCGUUGCGACAGCGCUCCAACAGUGAAGUGACACUCAGCGAGCAGGAUGAGAAUGAGGUGGAGGCUCGUGGAGGUGGUGGGAUGGGGAUCCUGUUCCGAGAGUACGGCAGCACCUCCUCCAUCGACAUCCAGGGCAUCCCUGAGCAGAGCUUCUUCGACAUGCUCAGCCAGUUCCACCAGGAGAGGCCUGACCAGCGCAGCUCAGCACCUGUACACCUCGGGGAGCUGCUGCGAACUCCAGACUCGCCACCAAGUGUACCGCUUCCCUCUGCUCCCUCACCUGGUCCCACAGGUGGAGACGACAGAGGGACAGGGAAGAAGGAAGGAGCUGAGAGGGUGAGAAAGAAAAGUGGAGGGACAGAGUCGUCACUCGGCACCUCGUCUUUGUUCAGGAAACUUCGGAGCUCGAGCAGAUGCGAGUUGGAUGGAGGAAAAGGAGAGACUAAUGACAGUUCAACAGAUGGCUCCUACAAACAGUGGGUGUGCCCAAAGAGCUUUGUCCACUUUGACGCCCAGAGCAUCCUGUUUGACCUCCACGAAGCGGCGGCCCAGCGGGGCUAUGCCACCCAGAGGAGGAACACUGCCACCGGGGCAUCAGCUGCCUCAGUGUCCCUGUCUAUCCCCAGGUCCACUGCUACUAGUGUGAAUGAGCCAGUUUACUCCAGCAUUGAAGACCUGACCAUGAGCCUCGAACCUGCCUCCACAGCACCCUCCCUGAGCAUGGACCCUCUGGAUGGCCCACUUGGAGCCCACAGCUCUAGCCCAAUGCUCCUCUGCUGCCCACACUUCCUCAAUGAGAUUGGGGGCCACGGGGAGCGCAAUAUCAGCUUCCUCAGCUUGUCAGCAGAGCGCGGAGGAGAUGGAGGAGGAGAGGGAGGAAGAGGGUGGCUGAGGAGGAGUAACGCCAGUGUCUCAGUGCUGGAGGUGCCUAUUGAACAGCAGGUUACGAGACUGGACAGACUGAAACUGUACAGCAUAGAACAUGUAGACCUGGGGGCCAGGUACUACAGAGACUACUUCCAUGGCAAAGGUAAAACUUUGGUGACCCUGCGAGGCUCCAUUUUAGAGGAUGCAGUGGCGUCUACGGGAAGACACGGCACCGUGCGGGGUCUGCCGCUCAAAGAGGUCCUGGAGCAGGUGGUUCCCGAGCUCAGCGUGUCCUGUUUGAAACUGGCUCUCAGCACACCCAAAGUCACAGAGCAGCUCCUAAAGCUGGAUGAACAGGGGUUAAGUCAGAAGCACAAGGUUGGAGUUCUGCUGUGCCGCGCAGGCCAGAGCACAGAGGAAGAGAUGUACAACAACGAGGAGGCGUCACCUGCGUUCUCUGCCUUCCUGGAGCUGCUGGGGGAGCAGGUGCUUUUAAAAGGGUUCACCAAAUACGCCGCUCAGCUCGACACAAAGACGGACUCCACGGGCACCCACUCCCUGUACACCACCUACCAGGGCUAUGAGGUCAUGUUCCACGUGUCCACCAUGCUGCCGUAUAUGCCCAACAACCCACAGCAGCUCCUGAGGAAGAGGCACAUAGGUAACGACAUCGUCACCAUAAUCUUUCAGGAGCCAGGAGCGUUGCCAUUCACCCCUCAGAAUAUCCGUUCACACUUCCAGCACGUCUUCGUUAUCGUGCGUGUGCACAACCCAUGCUCUGAAAACACCUGUUACAGUGUUGCUGUGACAAGGAUGAAGGAUGUGCCCCCGUUUGGCCCAUCCAUUCCCAACAGUGUCACCUUCCGUGACCCAGAAACCUUCCGUAACUUCCUUCUAGCCAAAGUUAUCAAUGCAGAAAAUGCAGCGCACAAGUCAGAGAAGUUCCACACCAUGGCGACAAGAACGCGACAGGAGUACAUGCGUGACCUGGCUGAGAACUACAUCAGCAGCACACCACUUGACUCAGCCGGGAAACUUAAUAACCUUAUCUCGCUUGCAUCUAAAAAACGUGAGCGGUCGAAGCCGCGAGAAGGAGCCGAGCUGGGAGCCACAGGGGCCGUGGCCUGGAGGGCCCAGGCCCAGGACUUCAGCGGAGGUGCGACGGAGCUGCCCUGUGCCCUGGGUUUGUCGGCUGAAUACGUCCUCCUGACAGACUGUUCCACCAAAGAGGUGGUGUUUAACUGUUUCUGUGCGGAUGUGAUCGGCUGGACGCCGGAGCGUCUGACACUUAAGAUCUUCUAUGGCAGAGGAGACCACAUCGCUGUGCGGGUACCGGAGGGCUGUGCGCAGGACAUCAGAGAAAUGGUGCAGAGGUUAAAGAGCUACAGUGAUCAAAACCUCCGCAGAGAUCCUUUAGAAGUCGGGGGCUGCACUGAGGAGUACGAGAUGAAGACCAUGGAGCAGAAGUCAGAACCUGAGCCUCUGGCAGCAGGUUACCGACCCUCCCCUCGUUCGACAUGGCGAUGGGACAGCCCACCCAUCCCUCCGGGGCUCCACAGUGCCCCGAACCCGCAGCGCUGGGCCCCCAUGGGCCCCCCGCCGCCUCCACUGCCCCGCUCACACAAGACCCUGAUGCCUGUUCCUUACAGAGAGCCGCAGCACCUCAACUCCAAGAGGCCAGUGAGCUACCCAGAGAACCACUACACUCUGUCCCCUGCAGGAGGCGACAGAGUCCUGCCCUACAGAAACCCCUCAGCCAGCUUCUCCUCACCCUCCUCAGGCCUGGUCGGCCUCUCCACAAUGGGGCCACCUGGAAUCACACCGGGCCCAUUUGUGCGCUACAAACAUUCACCCGACAGAUAUGGAACAGGACAGCGCCACCUGCUGCCCUAUGAGCCCCACCUCAGCGUGGACAUCAACUCCAGUGGGGAGUCUUCCUCAGGCUUCACCAGUCAGGAAAGCACCAUGGAGCGCUGCAAAACAGAACCCCUCUGGCAUGUUCCGGUGUCAGCGUCCCGGGGACCAGGUGGUGGAGCGGGGCAGAGGAGAAUCCCCAGACAGGACAUCCCAGGGAAAGACUCUCCAAACAGACACUCGAAGGGCGAGACUCAGUACUCCAGUCACUCCAGCAGCAACACUCUGUCCAGUAACGCCUCCAGCAGCCACAGCGACGAGCGCUGGUUCGACGGAGGUCCUGGAGGCGACCGAGGAGGAGGCGGGGGAUGCCUUGGCGACCUGGCAGACCCCGACCCUGACCUUCUCAACAAGGGAGGGUCCAACGACAGCGGGAUUGACGCCUCGACCCACUACGGCAACAACCGCCACGGAAACAUGUCCAACAACCAGCCCCACAAGCCCGUGCACUGCUCCACGACUUACGUCGGCAUUCAGGAGCUCUCUGUGGGAAGGAGCAGCGGCGGGGGAGAAGCAAGGAGACGAGAGUCUUCACCCAUCGCCGCUGAAGCCAAUCAGAAUAAAGGGUACCGAACGAGGACAUUCCCGCCUCCUGGCUCCAGUGCUGAUAAGAUGGAUGCUUUCAAACCCAGGGCCUACACGCCGCAGGGCUACAAGACUCCGACAGCGGAAAAAGCACGGCCUGUCCGAGCCGCUACAGCGACGCCCACCUCCGCUCAGCUGAGCUCCAUCUCUCUGUCCAGCUCUGCCCCCAAAGCCUUAUAUGGAAAGAGCCGACAAACCGCCUGGCAGAACGAAGACAACAGUCCAUCGCCGUCAAACACGACUGUGGCAUCCAGCUCCGACAGCAGCAACAGCAAGAAGCAGGUGGACGCAAAUUCAAAGAACGUGUUUGGACAACCUCGACUCCGAGCAUCCCUGAGGGACCUGCGCUCUCCACGGCGGACAUACAAGAGCACCAUCGAGGACGACCUGAAGAAACUGAUCAUCAUGGACAACCCGGGAGAGAUGCCACAGAGAGAUCCAUCUCCCAGACGAACUUUGCAGCGCACAUUUUCAGACGAGUCACUGUGCAGUGGCCGCAGAGAGGCCAGCUUUGCCAACUCUGAGAACCAAACGACUCCGACUGAUUUACUUUUCACCUGCACGCUGCCCACUCGCAGACACGCCGUCUCCUCCAACCACCUGCAGAGCAAGAAGGUGCCUCUGUCUGCGUCUGAACUGUCUCUCACAGAAGUCAGGGACAAAGUUCCCCCCCUGAGGAGGCUCGAUCCUGGGUUGAUGCCUCUCCCUGACACUGCCUGUGGACUUGAGUGGUCCAGCCUGGUCAGCGCUGCUAAAGCCUACGAAGCACAAAGAGCGGUUUCCCUCUUCUCACUGACUGAGCCACAGGUCGGAGGUCCUGACAUGACACCAGUCAUAAGUCCUGUUCAGUUCCAAACUCCUCAGACGCCACGGACCACACCAACCUUCAGCAGUGAAGAGGCACCCAACGAGUUGUCUGGUCGGCUCUACCACCUGGAGGUCAUGUUGAAACAGCUGAAUAACGAUCUGGAGAGAGAGAAGAAGGAUAAAGUCGUCCUGCUCGCAGAGAUGGCCAACCUGAGAGUGAACAACCAGCGUUUGCAGGAGGAGAGUCAGACGGCCAGCGAGCAGCUGCGCAAGUUCAGCAAGUUUUUCACCAACACCAACAACACAGGAAGUGACCACGGGGCUCACUCCUUAAUGCACGACACUGACUCAAAGAGGCAGUGAUCAACAGCUGCAGAUGAAGAAGAAGAAGACGAGUGUGAUUCAGGCCUGAGGGGGGGCAAGUGUGGGAGGAAGAUUCUUUCAGGAGGCGGAGGUCAGUUGCCUCACUCAGCUUCCACUGGACUGCCUUAAACCAGAGAGGGUCAGGAAAAGACUAUUUUUAAAACACAACACUCCCAGAAAGUCUCACAGAGCGAGACCCUCCCUCUCUUUUCUCUGAGCCUGUUUAUUUUUAUAAACUGAAGUCAAAGUCUUAUAUACUUUCUAUAUAUGUAUAAAUAUACUGAGUCUGCUACUUUGCUGGAGGAGUGAUGAGGAGAGGAGAACCUGACUGUUUUUGAGAACACUACAUCACCUGGAGAGGCCUAAUACUGUUCCUGCAGCGAAUCAGCCAAAAAAGACUCAUUACAAACUGCAUCUCCCAGAAUGCACUAGUAGUAAUGGAAGCUCUACAGACAUGGUACUGUAGAUAGAUGCCUGUGUGGUACAAUUAUCAUGUAUCAAUAUUAUCUAUAUUUUACUGAUAUUGCAUAACGGUUGUACUAAAGAGGUGUGUGUGUGUGAGAGUGACAGAGACUGAUGGUACAGUGAAUAUUCUGAAGCAUUACUGCACAUCAAUGUUUGUGCUAAAGUCUUGAUUUGUUUUAUUACCCUUCGGUGUGUGUGUGUCUGUGUGUGUGAUGGUCUGUUAAAGAACAACUGAUUAAUGAACAAACCAGUUUACUGUAAAAUGAAACUUGUGGGCCACAGAAUUGUUCUUUCCUCUGUUUACGUGGAUGAACCGUGGCCCACAUGUGAAACAAGCCAUCAGCGUGUGGAGUGAGUGUGAUUGGUCGAUGUCAGAAACUCUGUGAUACCUGCAUCAUGUCCCUGAUGAAGUGCGUUGUUUAGAAUCUCCAGUAGUGCCGCAUCAUCUCAGAUCUCAACGUACUGGAUCAUUAUUUUAACCCCAGAACAUUUAGCUAACACUUUAAGACUUUUUUUCUCUUGUUUAAAACAAUACACUUCUUUUCUUUCUUGCAGAUAAAAAAGAUUGAUGCCACUAUCACUUAAGUCAGGCCUGGUUGCCUAGCAACUGGUGUUACACAGAAUUAUGUGAUUUAAGCAACAUAAACUUGUAUCAUAUAUUUGGUUUUAAAUAGCUGUGACUAAUCAUGGCAUCCUCACUGUAUUUAUAAAAACAAACUAGAUGUGAAUAGGGGAGCACUAGAAAUGCUUAUUGGUGGAUUUUGUUAAAUCUUUGUUCAGUGUGUAGGAUUUAGUGACAUCUAGAGGUGAAGUUUCAUGUUGCAGCGGAAUACACCUCAU